AUGGCUGUAAGUGAUGGAAACCUCAUGUUUUUGAAGGCAAUUGAUGCAACUAGUGAGUAUAAAGACAGAUUUUACAUGGCUGACUUGAUAAAGAAAGUGGUUGAAGAAGUGGGGCCUCAUAAAGUUGUUCAAGUAAUUACUGAUAAUGCGCCUGUUUAUAAAUCUGCUGGUAAGAUGGUGGAAGAUGAAUAUCCUCACAUCUUUUGGACACCAUGUGUGGUGUAUACACUUAAUCUUGCCUUAAAGAAUAUAUGUGCAGCAAAAAAUACAGAGGCAAAUGAAAUUGUUUAUGGAAAAUGUCGUUGGAUCACUGAGGUGAGGGAUGAUACAGUCUUUAUCCGAACAUUUAUCAUGAAUCAUUUUAUGAGAUUGGCCAUGUUUAAUGAAUUCGUGCCAUUAAAAUUGCUUGCAAUAGUCGAAACAAGAUUUGCAUCAACAAUUAUGAUGUUGAAGAAAUUCAGACUUAUCAAAACUUCUCUUUGUACACUAGUUAUUAGUGAAGAAUGGAAUGCUUAUAGAGAUGAUGAUGUUGGAAAGGCUGCUAUUGUGAAGGACAUAAUUCUUAAUGAUCUUUGGUAUUAUACAACACAAUGGCUUGAAGGUGGACUAAAUAGAGUCUCUCCACAUAGAGAUGCUGAAAUAUCAACUGAGAGGAAAAAGUGUAUUAGAAGGAUGUUUCCAGAUGAAGAAGAGAUGAAAUUGGUUAUGAAUGAAUUUUUAAAAUUUUCUGGAUGUUCAGAUGAGUUCUCUUUUGUUGAUUCCAUACAAGAUAAAUGUGUAUUAGAGCCUAAGGUUUGGUGGAGCAAUCAUGGUGCUGAUGCUCCUAAACUUCAAGGGACUGCAUUGAAACUUCUCAAUCAACCAUGCUCAUCAUCUUGUUAUGAAAGAAAUUAG